UGAACAUCGACUACGGACAUUGAAUAUGCUCGGCUUGAGAGUUGGUGGCCGAGUUUAAUCUUCUUCUGAUCCAAGCGUCCCUCCCGCUGACUGCUCUCGAUCUGCUGCACGUUCAGAUCAGGUAUUGAGGGAUGGUGAGAUCGAUCGGUCGAUGAGACGAUGAGAGCGAGGACGACGACGGUGGUUCAGGCCGUAGCGCUUGUCUGCAUCGCCUUGGUAUUUUUCACGCAUCGUCAUGUCUGCAGGUGUCAGUUUUGCUUCUGCACCGGCUUUCUGUUCUGGCCACACGUACUCCGAUUUCGAUCAAGCAACUGCUGCACUUGCUUAUUUUACGGAGCAAAUGGAGAAGAAGCGGGAAGAGAGAGGGCGGCCGGGCGGCGUCGGAGAUGGAGAAGACGGCGGCGGCGAGGAGGAAGGAGAAAACGCGGCCGUGGAGACGGCGGAGGCGGACACCGAUUCGACGUCGUCGUCGUGGUUGCCAGCGCACCCAUGCUCGGUGCUGCAGCGCGUCGUCCGGGCUUGCGCCGGCUGCGUGCUGGGCCUAUGCGGGGGUUCUGCCCGUGACGGUCCACGGCAAGGCACGGCCACGGACGCUGGUGAUCCCGGCGCUGCUACGUCACAACCAUCAGAGGCUGAGGGAAGCGACAAGGUGGCUCAUCAGAGGGAUUUGGCAGGCGCUCGAGUGUUGGCUAGAAGAAGGCCUCCAGGGAGGCCCGGUGGCCCAAGAGAAGGGAGGGGUGGCGGCGGUGGGUCACACCACUAGCCAAGGGCGCAAGGCCCAGUUCAGAACCUUAGCAGUUUUGCACGGUGAAUUAUGGUUAGGUAGGUUAGGGGCUGUUUGGUUGCCUGAUUCCAGCCCGACCAGGCUCUCGGCAUGCGACUUCUAAGUGUUUGGUUGCCUGCGCCAGCGGCCGAGGCAGGCUCCUGUGGUGCAAGAUGCGCCUCCCAGCCAGGCCCGCGGGAAACGUAGGAAUCGAGCGUUUCCGUCAGGCUAGGCCGGCGCGAUGCAGGCUGGGAUGCGCGAGCUGCAUGAGAGGAGAGAGCAGCGGUGCAAGGACAACUCGUGCGCCUAGGCAACCAAACAGCUUCCCUGCUUGGCCAUGCUGCAUGUGCCCAGGCAAUCAAACGGUGAGCAAUUGCAUGGCAGCAGCCUGGCCAAGGAGAGCCUGGCUCGGCGGUGCGAUGCAGGCUGGGGCAUGCGGGAAACCAGACAGCCCCUUGACUAGCAGUUCAGAACCUUAUAAUUUGAGCAGAGUUUUCCCCUCUUUUCCUUGCGGGUUUGCUGUUUUCCCUUUUCAGCCUAGGGGGUUCAAUCAGAGGUUCAAAUUGCUACGAAUGUCCAUCUCUUGCUAGGAGAAGCCUUACCCAAGAGCUUCAUGCUACUGCUGCCUGAGAUUCAGUUCAUGUCAGCAAGCUUGACAGUUAAUUACAUUUUUUGUUUCAUACAUUUUUAUAUGAUAAAUAAAGUGUUGCAAGGAGACUUUAUUAUGUUUUAUCCAAAUAAUGUAUUUUGUGCCG